AUGGCUCGUCGCCGCAGACCCCCUCGCGCCGGCGCCCUCUCCGAACUGCAGCCUCUCAAAAUCGCCGCCCAGAUCGCCACGCUACAAGCCCUCUACUACCUCGCCGCCCUCGUCCUCUUUCUCUUCACCACUCUCGUCGCCGGCAUGCCCUUUAGCUUCGACCUCAUCUUCACAUGGGACCGCGUACGCGGCGACACGACGCAAGGAUGGCUCAUGGCCUUUGUAUGGCUCCUCGACGGAGGCUUCUGCAUGUCCGUCGCCAUCGUCAUCCUCAUCGCGCGCAGCAAACUCGUCCCCGACUUCGCCCUCACCAUCCACUUCCUCCACCUCCUCCUCACGACCCUCUACACGCGCUCCCUCCCCCGCAACUCCAUGUGGUGGCUCACCAUGGCCGCCUCCUCCGCCGCCGCCGUCGGCCUCGGCAUGUGGGGGUGCCGCUACCGCGAGCUCCAGCCCGUCUUCUUCCUCGGCGGCAGGAUCCUCGGCUCCGGCACGUCGUCGGGCGGCGCCGGCUCCUCCUCCUCUUCUUCCUCCUCCAACAACAACAAUAGGAGCCCAGCCGCCGGAGGAGGACAAGGAGCUGGGGGCUCGCUGCCUCCCGACCUAGAGGAUGGCAUGGGCGGGUCGAGUUCCGCGGGGGAGUAUGAGAUGAGCAGGCUCAAGACUUUGACAUAA